UGAAAGGGUUUGUGGGUGGGGGCAAAAUAUUAAAGGAAUAUAUAUAUAUUUGGUAGUACCAUUUACCUGUGCAGAUAUAACAAAUGUAUCUUCAAAAAAGUUAACUUAGAGGAGUUCUUCCAAUAGCACAAAAAUUAACGGUUCCGAUAUAUACUGGCACGUAUGUCAGAACCAUAAAUAGGAGUGCUAAUGCAUGAAUUUUCAUGCUAUUCUUCCAAGUGCCCAGUUUUGUCAUUACAUCAAUUAAGGAAAAAUUGUUUGAUGCCAUGUGGAUAGGAACAACCUGUGGAUAGGAACAAAACACUGUUUAGUAUCCCAUAAAUUUUAAUGCAAUUUUGUAAGCAAAGCAUUUGCAUAGAGAUUUGACAGAUGUUAUGAUAUGGUUCCUUUACAUCAGGACUUGAUGGUAAAGUCAUUGCAUGUAACACAUGUAUGAGAGACAGUUAUAAGUGUUGUGAACCCUCCAAAAUGACUUUCACUUAAAUUAAUAAUUGCACUGAAUUUCAGUAUAACGAUUUCCAUUAAUGACUUAACUAAUCAAUGGGCUACGACAUGACUCCAGAUCGGACUGAGUCUUUCACUUUCUGUUCACAGAGAAGCAUAACAGAACAACCUCACAUCUUCAGUUCCAAAUCAAACUUUGACUUUUUGAUCCCUGAUGCUCCAGAGUUAAUUGCCAAUUUCUUGGAGGGUGAACAAGAUGCAUCUUGCAAGAGAAAUGCCUUUAUGAUGCUGAUACAUGUUGACCAGGAGCGUGCUCUGUCCUACCUUGUAAACUGUGACAUCAUUUGGAGACAUUCUCCAGUUGGUUUUAGUGGAACUUAUCUACAAGGAACUUGUAAUGGACAUCUUAAGAGUGCUGUCAGCUCCUGAUCUUGAAGUACACAGAAAGACUCUGGGGUUAUCACUGGACCUUAUCACAUCAAGGAAUGUGGAAGAGAUGGUUCUGGUUCUGAAGAAGGAAGUGGUGAAGACUAACAACACAGUUGAGCAGGAGGACACUGGCAAGUACCGCCAGCUAUUAGUCCGUACCCUCCACCAGUGCUGUGUGAGGUUCCCUGAUGUGGCCCAGACUGUUAUACCAGUGUUGAUGGAGUUUUUGAAUGAUGCUAAUGAACUGGCUGCUUUGAAUGUGUUGGUGUUUGUGCGUGAAGCCAUGCAGAGAUUU